GGGUGGCAAGUUUAAAAUGCCAAAAUUUGAUGUGUCUCUACCAAAAGUUAGUCUGCCAGAAGGUGAUGUCAAAAUAAAAGGCCCAGACAUGAAGGGAGGGAAGAUUGAGAUGCUAGACAUUGAUGUUUCACUCCCCAAAGGAAAAGCAGAAGGAGAAAUUGCAAUUGGAGAACAUACUGGAAAAGGAGGCAAGUUCCAUAUGCCCUCUAUUGAUAUCUCACUUCCUAAAAUGAAAGCUAAGGGACCAGAGGUCAACAUAGAAGGUCCUGAAUUAAAAUGUGGGAAAAUACACAUGCCAGACAUUGACCUUUCACUUCCUAAAGGAAAGGUUGAUGCUGACCUCAGCCUUGAGGGCCCUGACGUAAAAGGAGGCAAAUUGAAAAUGACCAAAUUUAACGUUUCACUUCCAAAGAUGAACCUGUCAGAGGGCAGUGCCAAACUGGAAGGACCUGAUGUUAAAGGAAAGUUCGAAAUGCCAACCAUAGAUGUUUCACCUCCUAAAGGAAAAGUAAAGGGAGAAAUUGACAUUAAGGGAGAUGGUGACAAAGGGGGCAAGUUUCACAUGCCUUCAAUUGAUAUCUCUCUUCCUAAGAUAAAAACAAAGGGAGCUGAUGUUGAUAUUGACGGGCCUGAACUUAAAGGUGAAAUUUUAUUUCCAGAAGGAAAAGUUGAGGGGGACUUAAACGUUGAAGGCCCUAUGAUAAAAGCGGAAGGAAUCGAUGUUGAAAGCCCUGAAGUUAAGGGUGGCAAGUUUAAAAUGCCAAGAUUUGAUGUGUCUUUACCAAAAGUGACUCUCCCAGAAGCUGAUGUCAAAAUAAAAGGCCCAGACAUCAAGGGAGGGAAGAUUAAGAUGCCAGACAUUGAUAUUUCACUCCCCAAAGGAAAAGCUGAAGGUGACAUAAAUGUUGAAGGCCCUGAGAUGAAAGGGGGAAAAUUCAAAAUGCCAAAAUUUGAUGUUUCUUUACCAAAAGUGGGUCUUCCAAAUGUCAAUGCCAAUGUGGAAGGACCAGACGUAAAAGGAAAAAAUGAAAUCUCAACUGUUGAUAUCUCACUUCCAAAAGGAAAGAUGGGUGUAGAUAUUGACAGUGAUGGGCACAGUGGUAAAGGAGGCAAGUUUCACAUGCCCUCAGUCGAUAUCUCGCUUCCAAAAAUCAAAGCAAAGGGAGUCGAUGUUGAUAUUCAAGCACCUGAAGUCAAAGGUGACAUUUCACUUCCUAAAAUUAAGUCACCAGAAGUAGAUAUCAGUCUUGAGGAUCCUGAUGUUAAGGGAGGGAAGUUUAAAAUUCCAACUGUUGACAUUCCACUCCCUAAAGGAAAAGUCGAGGGGGACCUUGAGGUUGAGGGCCUUGAAGUGAAGGGUGGCAAGUUUAAAAUGCCAAAAUUUGAUGUGUCUCUACCAAAA